GGCACGCAGAACUGUGUGCCUGUGAGUGGUGUGUUAGUGGUCAGUGUGUGUUUGGCUGUCUUGCAUGAUUGUGGUUAUUUUUUCUUUUUUCUGAAAAUAAGAAGAAACUCUUGAGGAUAUCAAAAAUAAUGGGGCCUCUUCCUGUGAGCGGCCAGGAGUGUCCUGGCCGGCAGGCUGAUUGUUAGCCAUGCUGCGACAGCAAGAACCCACGGUCAGCACCCUGCAUCUGGUGGCCAAUGAUAUGACUGAUAUCAUGGAGAAUUUGGACACACGAGAACUCGAAAUUGGAGAUGGGGAAGAGGAGUUUGAUGGGCAGGACCCUAAUAGUUCAGAAAACAGAAUCCCCUUCUCAGCUGUGUAUAAAACGAAGGGCUUCAAAGAAUCUGGAGCACGUGUGUUUCUUACAGCACUUCCUAUUACCGCUAAAAUCCUGGAGGUGGAACGUUUCACUUCUGCCCAAGAUCGCUUCAACAUCACCUCACAGAGAAGCGUUUCGAAGGUGCUUCCUGCAGUGUUUAAGAUAGAGUUGAGGCACGGAAACUUCACUUGGAUGGUGAAGAGGAAGGAGAAACAUUUUAUGGAGCUUCACAGGGAACUCCGCACCUACAAGACUUUCAUCAGAAUUCCACUGCCCACCCGAAGUCAUGCAGAACGGAGGCAAACUAUAAACAGGAACCUUGAACGGAAUAUGCCAAAUCUACCCCGGGGAGGAGGGGAAGAACUGGCUAGGGAAGAGCAAGUCUCCAGUCGAAAAAGACAACUUGAAGACUACUUGAAUAGGCUGCUGAAAAUGCCAAUGUAUAGAAACUACCAUGCAACAAUGGAAUUUAUUGAUGUGAGUCAGAUGUCCUUCAUUCAUGACUUGGGACCAAAAGGCUUGGAGGGCAUAGUUCACAAAAGGUCAGGGGGUCACCGUAUUCCUGGACUGAACUGCUGUGGCCACAGCAAAAUGUGCUACCGCUGGUCCAAACGGUGGCUGGUGGUGAAGGACUCUUGUCUUCUCCUCAUGAAGCCGGACACAGGUGCCAUCUCAUUUGUGCUGCUGAUGGAUAAGGCAUUUAGCAUCAAAAUGGAAACUAAAGACACUGAGACAAAACACGGUGUCCGUAUAGACAGUCUGUCCAGGACCCUGGUACUGAAGUUCACAAGUUACCGUCACGCCCGCUGGUGGGGGCAGGCCCUUGAUGAAUUUGUGCGGAAGUACGGCAGUAAUUUCCUGAAGGAUCAUCGCUUUUCUUCCUUCGCCAAAGAACAGAAGAACAUUCAGUCGAAAUGGUAUGUGAAUGGGAAACAGUACAUGGAGGACGUGGCGAAUGCACUGGAGGAGGCAGAGGAGGAGAUCUUUAUCACAGACUGGUGGCUGAGCCCUGAGAUCUUCCUCAAGAGGCCGGUUGUCGAAGGCAACCGCUGGCGACUUGAUUCCAUUCUGAAACGGCAAGCACAAAAAGGUGUGCGGAUCUUUGUGAUGUUGUAUAAGGAGGUGGAACUGGCUCUUGGGAUAAACAGUGAAUACAGCAAACGAACACUACUUCAGCUUCACCCUAACAUCAAGGUAAUGAGGCACCCUGACCACGUGUCCUCUUCCGUCUACCUGUGGGCGCAUCAUGAGAAGAUUGUAGUUAUCGACCAAUCGGUGGCAUUUGUGGGAGGCAUUGACUUGGCAUAUGGUCGCUGGGAUGAUAAGGAGCAUCGGCUGACUGACGUAGGGAGUGUAACCAGGACUCUUCCUGUGUCUACAGAGAACGCCACUGAAGCUUCUCCCGCAACGGCUGCUCCAGCAAACGGGUCCAGCAUGGUGCACAGCAAAAGUUCUGUCAUGGACAGUGUAGACCAACCGAAACUAAAAAGACAUGGGAAGACCAAGAAGCUCCGUUUCAGCAUCCGUAAGCACCUGCAGAAACAUGGGUUGGCGCCUGCUGACAGUGUGAGCAGUGUGGAGAGCUCGGAAGAAAAGACAGAGGCAGUGCAGGAUCUGCAAGCGGACUUCAUCGGUCUGAUGGGAAACACACGGUUCUGGCAUGGCAAAGACUACUGCAAUUUUGUACACAAGGACUGGAUCCAGCUGGAUAAACCUUUUGAUGAUUUCAUUGACAGGCACAUAACUCCCAGAAUGCCUUGGCAUGACAUCGCCUCCGUGGUGCAUGGGAUGGCCGCCAGAGAUGUUGCUCGCCACUUCAUUCAGCGCUGGAAUUUUACAAAGAUCAUGAAGCCUAAAUACAGGUCCCUCUCCUAUCCGUACCUCCUUCCUAAAUCUCACACUACUGCGAACGAAAUUAAGUACCAGGUCCCUGGCUGUACCCCGACAAAUGUUCAGUUGUUGCGGUCAGCUUCAGACUGGUCAGCGGGUAUAAAAUACCAUGAAGAGUCGAUUCAUACGGCUUACAUCAACGUUAUUGAACACAGCAAACACUAUAUCUACAUAGAGAACCAGUUCUUUAUAAGCUGCGCUGACAGCAAAGUCGUUCACAAUAAAAUUGGAGACGCCAUCGCCCAGAGGAUCAUAAAAGCCUAUCAGGAGGGUAAAAAGUACCGUGUGUAUGUGGUGACUCCUCUACUUCCUGGGUUUGAGGGGGAUAUCAAUACUGGAGGGGGCAGUGCCAUACAGGCAGUCAUGCACUUCAACUACAGGACCAUGAUUAGAGGAGACUGCUCCAUCAUCUCACAGCUGAAGAAAGAGAUGGGUGAUCAGUGGAUGAAUUACAUCUCAUUUGGGGGUUUGAGGACCCACGCUGAUCUCGAAGGAAGACUGGUGACUGAAUUGAUAUAUGUGCACAGCAAGAUGCUCAUUGCCGAUGACAACACUGUCAUCAUUGGUUCUGCCAAUAUCAAUGACCGCAGCAUGCUGGGUAAGAGAGACAGUGAGGUGGCUGUCAUUUAUGAGGACAUUGAGACCGUGAGGUCAGUCAUGGAUGGCGAGGAGUAUCAGGCCGGACGCUUUGGACUGAGUUUGCGGCUGGAGUGUUUCAAGAUGAUUCUUGGUGCAAACACAGACCCCAGCAUUGAUGUCACUGACCCAAUCAGCGACCAGUUUUACAAGGAGGUGUGGAUGACCACAGCUUCCCGCAAUGCCACCAUCUACCAAAAGGUGUUCCGCUGCUUGCCAUCCAGUGAUGUUCGAACAAUUCUGGAGUUGGAUGUCUUCCUCUCAAAGCCUGGCUUGGAGAAGGAGGACCCUGUCCGUGCUCAAGAGGAGCUGAAAAAGAUUCGGGGCUUCCUAGUCCAGUUUCCUCUCCAGUUCCUUAGCGAGCAGAACCUUCUACCACCCAUCGGAUCAAAGGAAGGCAUGGUGCCCAUGGACGUCUGGACAUGAGAUCAGAACCUGUCCACAUCACCAGGCUUACAAGAAACUGCAUAUCUAGCAGAUGUACCUGGCAAAUGAGGAACAAUUUCACUAGUUAUAUCAUAUAAUGAGCACUUCUGAGACACAGAAGGAGAUUUGGAGGAGUUUUAGCCAUCACUUGUUUACCCAUCUGGGAUUAUGGACAACACCAGACUGGAUUAUUUCGUCUUUAUUCGAAGCUUGAAUGUCUGAAUGUUUUGUAUAGAGUCUUAACACUAUGCAACUUCAACUAAUACUAUAUUAUGAACUAUACUCUCAAGUCCUACAAGAUGGUGAGAUGGAGGCUUUUUUUGACAAGUCUAUUAUAUAUUAUUGUAGAGUUUUGUGCUCCGUUAAAUGCACUACUGAGUUCAAGCUAUUCUCUAUAUUGAAGUGCCAACUAUCAACUUCUAUCUUUCUUUAUGUAUCUUCUGUCUUUUCUCUAUAUGCAGUGCAAAGUAUGCAACAUUCCCUGUCUUUCUAAAUACUGUACUAUAUCUCAAAGUAAUUUAUUGGUCUGUGAUGGUGGAUGUGGUCCAUGAUUGUUGUUUUCUUAUGGUACAAAUUGCCAUGUUUUGGUGGCCUUAUAUAUUUUUUGUGUCCCCCAUCUUAAUGCUGAGUGAACUUAAAUCGACCAAAGCUUCUGUCUUUAAUGAAAUAGCCUAAUCGGGUUUCUUAUAAAGAAUGACAAGUUUUUCGAUUUUAUUCCCAUUACUUGCCCAUUCUUUACAGUAUAGUGUAGAAACGGCUAUGCUUGUGACUCUUCUGAAGUUUACGAACUAAUUUUUGAAGUAAUGAAACCAUGACUCAUAUAUUCCAUGUAGAGGUAUUUGCAAACAGUUUAAGUUUUAAAUAAACUGUUGAAGUUAAAGAUUUACAUAUCAUUGUAAAAAUCACAUUUUGUUUAAAGGUGCACUCAGUAAUUUUUUCCUCAUUAGAAAAAGGUUUACUCCUAAAGACAUGAAUUGUAAUUUUGCAAUAUAUGUAGGAAAUCAUGAGCACUCACAUUAAAAUUAAGACUCCAGUCAUAUCAGUAACCUUAUAAAAGCUGUUUUAUCUACAUGGAGAGGGUCCGCACAUGGGGGCUGCCAUGUUAGAAUCACAUGACCAGCUGAAUACUACUCGCUUAAUCUCAGUAAGUGUCCUGUUAUUUGACACUUUCACUCAUUGAUUAAAUUAAUCAUGGCUGACUGUGAAUACUAAAUUUCUACAAUAGCAUCUGAAACUGAAAACUAUUGCUUUUAAAUGAUGCUACAUCCAAGCCGCUAGGUGUCAGUGUAAAUCCAAGAUUACACAAAGACAAACGUUACUGAGUGCACCUUUAACUGCUCAUAAAGCAUGUGCUAAAGUCUGCACUGCUAACUGUGUAUCUGCACUUUUACAGUAAUUCAGGAAUUGAUCAGAUAUAUCUGAUAUUUUAUUUUCCAUUCAGUUUUCUUCUUUUCCUUCAUGUCUUUCUUCCCUUUCCCCAUAAACUGCAUUUUAUUUUGCACACAAUAUGUCUUGUCAAGAAUGCAAAUGACGUGUUGAGAUGUGUAUGAAAUAUAUAUGCAUUGAUGUAAUGCAGAUGAUUAAACAGAAUGAUUUUCACAC